AAUAACUUGUAUAAUCAUUAUGAGUACUAUUCCAUCAGUAAAUGAAGAAGAGUUUCGCCAUAUUCAAUGGAGUUCACAUUACAUUGUAAAGCAGGGAUCUUCAGAAUUGAAUGAAGGUGAUAAGAUUGUAUUACCAGCUACUGCACUCGAACAAUUACUUAAUCAAGUUGGAGGAUCUUCUGGAGUUUUACCUUCACCUUUAACUUUUGAAUUACGCCAUCCUCAUAUACCCAAAGCCGUAAUUCACUCAGGCGUAAAAGAAUUUAGUUCGUCAAGUAAUACAGUUGCUCAACUACCUCAAUGGAUGAUGUCUGCACUAGAUUUAAAACAAGACGAUCAUGUCUUGAUCAAGCUUAAACUUUUACCAAAAGGUACAUGGACACGACUAAAGCCUAUGUCCGAGGAUUAUAGAGAAAUUACUGAUUAUCGUGCUGCCCUCGAGUCUCAUUUACGUAGUCAUUAUAAUACACUGACAAAAGGACAGAUUUUAUCUUGUCGUUAUGGUGGUCGUAUAUAUAAUUUUCAUGUUGUCGAUUUGAAGCCAGAAGAUGCUGUAUCGAUUACAGACACCGAUCUAGAAGUUGAUAUAGAUCCUAUUAACAAUGAUACAACAAAGCCAACUAUACAGUCUUCUUCAUCGGUUAACAUUGUCAAUCUUAAUGAAACAGUAACUCGAACAAUAAUAGCCAAAAAUGAAUAUAAAUACUGGAAGUUAGCAUUAAAUGUUGAUGAACAACAACUAAAGCAACUAAAUCAGCUGUCAUUAUUAGUUAAUGUAGACGUUGAAAAUGGUGAUGCAGAUAUCAUAAUUAGUAAAACAGAUAAAAUGCCUACCCUUGAUAACCAUGAGUGGUCUGACUUAUCCUCAAAUAAGAAAAAAACAAUUCAGAUAGCUACUACAAAUUUAUUAACAAGCAGUAAAUUAAUAUACAUCGGUAUCCAUGGAUAUACUGAAAAUACGAUUGUUACAUGGAAUACAGUAUUCACUAGUGGUUGUGAUGAUACCAAAGUAGAUACUAUACAGGAUAAUGAAAGUAAAGAAGGAAAAGUAGAAUGUAAAAACUGUCAUGGAUGGAUAGCAGAGCGCACAUUAAUGUUACAUGAAGGAUUUUGUUUCAGAAAUAAUGUACUUUGCCCUUGGGGAUGUGGCAAAGUGUUUAAAAAGGAUAGUGAAGACUUUAGAGAGCACUGGCAUUGUAAUCAAUGUGAUUAUAUUGGAAACACGAGUGGGAUUGAGUAUGAAAAACAUAUCGAUUACUAUCAUACAUUGAAGACAUGCGUGUGUAAUGGUUUUAGAUCUUCAUCCUAUGAGGAAUUGAGCAAGCAUCGUCAAACAAAUUGUCCUGAAAAACUGAUUACUUGUCGAUAUUGUCAUAAUUUAACAGCACAAGGUGUAAUAUCUUUAGAUGCAAGAGAUCGAUUGCUCGGACUCUAUUCACACGAAAGUUAUUGUGGAUCACGUACAAUUACCUGUCAAAAAUGCCACAAAUCUAUACCCAUUAAAGAUAUUCAAGUACAUGCAAAGAUUCAUGAAGUAAAACGACAACAACAAGUUUUGCCUCCUGCUUGUUCUAAUUAUAACUGUAUUCGACCUAGAACAAGAAAUAAGCUUUCUCUCUGUCAAUUUUGUUUUGGACCUUUUUGGAUUAUGGAAGAUGAUCCCAAAAAUGUUAAACUAAUACAAAGAGUAGCACGUAAAAUUCAUUCCCAAUUAACUGUUGGUUGCGGAAAUGAGUGGUGUAGAAAUAAGUAUUGUGCAACCUGUACAAAAGAUCCAAAGGAUGCAACUACAGCUGCAAGUUUAUUAAUUCCAUUAAUCAAGGGUUUACCCAAAGAGUUAUCACUUCCUAACCCUAACCCUGUACUUUACCUUUGUGUAGAUGAAUCAACAUCUAGAAAGAGAUUUUUAGCAGAAAUUGUAUAUAAUGAAUUAGAGGGUAAAUAUGAUCUAGGAUGGUGUGUUAAAGCAAUAGAAAGUGAACAGGAAGACUUAGAUAAAGCAAAAUUAUGGUUAGAUAAAAAUGCGCCCAGAGGAAAGAAUUAAUUCAUUAUAUUUUGUGUAUAUAUAACAGUGAUC